AUGGCAAAUAAAGAAAAUAAUCUAAAACGGAAACGGUCAUCUAAAAAAAAAUCUCAAAUUCUCUGCUCAAACACUAUUUUACCCGAUUUGAGUGUUGAAAUAAAUGUUCCACCAAAUGAUGUUGGUAAUGAUUCAGGAAUUGUGUUGAGUAACUCAAAUACUCCAGAAUGUUCAACCUCAGUAAAUGUUGAAAUCAAUAUUCCGGCAAAUGAUGUUUUGAAUGACUCAGGUAUUGUGUUGAGUAACUCAAAUACUUCAGAAUGUUCAACUUUAGUAAACUCAAACCCUAUUAUGCCCGAUUUAAAUGUUGUUUUUGAAAGAAAUAUUGAUGUAAUUGAAAGCGAAAGAAUAUCUCACGAAGUUGUGGAAAACAAUGUUGGAGGUCGAAGAAUAGUUGAUGUAAUGCAUAUUUUUGACCAAAUUAGAAAUGGUAAUCAUGGCAUAGGAUUGGGUUGCACUUUUAUUGAUUGUGAAUUUUUAAAAGAGGUUCGUUCAGGGUAUUUUUCUUCGUGGAUAUUUAAGUGUAAAAUGUGUAAUAUGUUGACUAAAAUUGAAUCGGAAAAAAAUGAUUUGGGGUGUAUUCCAAUUAAUAAGGCAGUUGUCAGUGGUACAUAUGCGAUAGGAAUAGGACACACUCAAGUGGCCGAAUUUUCAGCAACUGAAACUUUGAGCGAUGAAGUGAAAGAGACUGCUUGGAAUGCAAUGAAACUUGCCGGAAUAGAGGAAAGGCGAUUAGCAUUAGAAGCAGGCGACGUAGAUGAAGAUGGUAUACCCAUGUGCCCAGUUAUAGCUGAUGGUCAAUGGAGCAAACGUAGCUAUAAGACCAAGUACGACGCAUUUUCAGGAGCGCUAAGUAAAGUGAUGGUAGCUACAAUUAUCGGUUUUCGGACAAAGAAAAUUUUAUUUGUGGGAAUUCGUAAUCGAUAUUGUGUUGUCUGUGAAAGAGCCAAGAAUAUGGGCCAAAGUUCAAAAGCUCAUAAAUGUUUUAUGAACUGGUCUAAAGGCGCAACCAGCAUUGAAGCAGACGCAAUAGCUGAAGGAUUUUUAAGUAGCGUAAAAUUGCAUGGAUUGAAGUAUAAUAAAUUGAUUGGUGAUGGUGACAGUAGUGUCACUAAACGUCUGAAUGAAAUAUUGCCGUACGGACCACGUAUGUUGAUAGAAAAAAUAGAAUGCAGGAAUCAUAUAUUGAGGAAUUAUGGGCAAAAAUUAAUGGCACUUACAAAAAAACCUCUUAUCCAUUUGAAUCAGUCUCUUUAUGAACAAACUGAAGGUUUACGAAAAGAUAUUAUAAAUGGGCCUCCAGGAAUCAUUGGGAAAACAUUUUUAAAAUAUACUAGAGACAAAACAAAAAGUCUGAAAUAUCGAAGAGCUCUCUUUGUUUCAAAAGCGGAUUCUGGAUACCGUGCUGAACCCUUUAUAUUAACACCUGUGCUUGGGGCAGCAGAAGGUAGCCCUGAAGAAAGAUACACCAAACGACACUGCCAAGUACGAAAUUGUAUAGAAAGGUGUAACGGAGUAUUGAAGAUGCGUUGGAGAUGUUUAUCUAAAUAUUCAACAUUACACUAUAGACCUAAGACCUCAGCAUUUAUUGUAAUUGCAUGUGUGAUACUACAUAAUAUGUGCCUUGAAUGGUAA